AUGGACAUGCAUUGUAAGAUCCCAAGAACAAUAUCUGAAAAAACUACUCCUCCUGCCAGUCUCAGCAAUGUCAUCAAAAUUAAGGAUCGUAAAAGAGUCAAGGUAUUGUGGAGCGGAGAUAAAGUUGAUAGUGUGUCCAACUUAAGCUCCAUAGUUAGUGUAGCAGAAGCUAAUCCUACUAGCUCAACUGAAGAAAAAGUCGUUGUUUCUAAGAAAUCUGAGCUGGUCGAUGAGAAUUAUAGAGCAAGUCUCCGUGAGACAAAUAGUUAUCAAAAACUCACUGAGAAUCGUGCCGAGGUUCGAGCAAGACCGAUAUCAUCUAAUUGA